AUGAAGUGCUUGGUUCUGCUUUCGCUGCUAGGCUGUGUUGUUGCGAUGCGCCAGCAGUCCGUUGCCGUAAAGGGACGGCUCCUCUGCGGAAACCAACCAGCGGCCGGAGUGAAGGUGAAGCUGUGGGACGAGGAUGAUGGACCAGAUCCGGAUGAUGUUCUCGACGAAGGUUACACUGAUUCUAACGGCGCUUUCCAUCUUAAGGGCUCUGAGCGUGAGCUCACCAACAUUGAUCCCGUUUUCAAGGUUUAUCACGACUGUGACGAUGGCAUUAAGCCGGGCCAGCGAAAAGUGAAAUUUCGCAUUCCGGAUUCGUACAUCUCCUCAGGAGGUGUGGCCAAGCGUAUCUUCGACAUAGGUGUGCUGAAUCUGGAGACGAUUUUCCCGAAGGAAGAGCGUGACCUCCUUUAA